AAAAUGAUGACAUACGCCGCAUAAUAGUGGGAAAAACAUCCAAGAUUGGAGAGAUGAGAUCACGUUGCAAAGCUAAGAGACAACUAUAGCACUAAAUAUCCCAAUCAGCAUAUUCUUACCUGUCAUUACCUGUCUUUUUUUCUUCCUUUUUUUUUUUUUUUUUAAUUUAAUUUCCCAUACUAUCCUUCUUCCCCUUAUAUUUUACCUCUUUUUUCUUUCACUCCUCUAUUCUUUCUUAUUCUUUUUUCUCUUAAACUUUCAUCACUCCACCAAUUAACUUAAUCUUCAUCCUAACAUGACCAUGAGCGACUUCAAUAGCAACAAUGGUGAUAACAAUACUAAUAAAUCGCAAUUCGGCGAUACGACGCUUACAAAGGUUUUUGUUGGUGGUUUGGCGUGGGAGACCCCUAAGCAAGCCUUGUAUGAGCAUUUUGAGAAGUUUGGUGAGAUCUUAGAGGCUGUCAUCAUUUCUGAUAAGAUCACCGGUCGAUCCAAGGGUUACGGCUUUGUGACUUUUAAGGAGCCGGAAGCAGCAAAGAAGGCAUGUGAGGAUGCUACACCAACUAUCAACGGCAGACGUGCUAACUGCAACCUAGCGGCCUUAGGGGCUCGCCGCCCACCAAGAUCAUCAUCGACUACUCCUCAACCCCAUCAACGGUCAGCAUCCAACAAUGGCAACAAUGGUAGUGGUGGCGGCGGUGCUGAUUGUGCAUUGAGCCCUACCUCGGCUGCUGCACCUACUGCUCAUGUGCAGUGGUACUAUCCUGCUGCUGUUGCUGGUGGUCGUGCUGGUUCGCCUACUCCUACGACUCCGUAUCAUCCCCAUCAACACCAUCAACCUGUUCCCUUCUAUGGGUACUCUCCUACCUAUAUUGCAGCUGAUGUUGGCUACAAUCAUAAAUUAAGCUACAGUGGUGGGGCCUACAUAAACGGGGGGCAUUACCACCCACAGAUGUAUCCAGGUCAGGCUAUGAUGGCUGGAGCAAAUACUUUGAUGCCAAUUUACCCAUUUUACCCUUACUCUCAUCACCACCAACAACAACAACACCAUCAUCAGGCUGCUGCUAUGGGCCUACCAGCCCAUAUUUAUCAGUCCACUUCUUCUGGCCCAAUUACUGCCCAACCUCCCAUCAUCUCUAAGCCCACUACUCCUGUUUGUGUAACUUCUCCCUCAGUGUGUUUGGCUGUGGAGUAGGUUCAAUUGGAGCAAGAGAUUGUUUAAAGAAUGGACGAAGAUAAUUAAAGGAAGAACCAUUCAAUAAUUGCAAGCUAAGGAAAAUGACGUGUUUGGCUCGGAAACAACAUUGUUAUCAAUUCAUUUGCUGGAAGAAUGGCUCAUAUUUCCAACAAAAACAAGAAAAUAUGGGGGAAAAUAGACCCUUAAUUUUUAAAAAUUCAAUUUGUUUAAUUAUUAUUAUUAAUUUAUUAUAUUCUU